AUGUCAUUUCCUUGUUCGGAAUCAGUCUCUUUCUCUGUCUCUCUUCAUAACUCUUCCAUUGAAACUCCUUACACUUUAUCUCCCUACAUAGACAAACAAAGUAAAGAGUAUGGCCAAAGUCUAAACAGCUUUGGCUUCUUUGGGAUACGAAAUUUUCCGAAAGCUGAAAGUUGCCGGAUUGUGGCCAAACUCAGGAUUAUUGGUGUAGAAAUGAGGAGAGGAAAAAUAGAGAUCAAAAGGAUUGAGAACACAACGAACCGCCAGGUGAACUUUUGCAAGAGGAGGAAUGGACUACUGAAGAAAGCCUAUGAACUUUCAAUUCUUUGUGAAGCUGAAGUGGCGCUCAUCGUCUUCUCCAGCCGCGGCCGCCACUAUGAAUAUUCUAACAGCAGCAUGACUUCAGUCAUAGAGAGGUACAAGAAGGCGUCUUCAGAUAAUUUGAAUGCACGGUCUGUCAUAGAGAACAAUGCUCAGUGUUUAUGUGCUGGAGAUAACUAA